AUGUCAGAUACAGAGCGGGCUGGUACACCUGACACCCCGCCAGCCCCGUCAUGGUCUGACGCCCCAGCCGACGGCGUUUCGUCGGCAGCGACCGAUGCUCCUUCGCAGGACGAUGCAUCGACGCUGCCUACCACUGAGCCGCGUGAUACAGAGGGCAAUGCAGAGACGUGGGCCGUACCCGAGAUGAAGGAAACUACUACGAAAGAGCCCCAUUCACCUGCGUCUCUUCUUCCGCCGCCAUCCGACUUGCACGAAGCCGUGGCUCAGGAACGCGUCGAUGUGUUCUUGCUUCCGUGGCUGACGCAGGUCGAGGCACACAUUGCGCAAGGCAUGUACGAGGAAAGUACGGCAUGGGUCGAAAUUGUGCUUUGUCUCUGUGGGGCACGACGCAUUCCUGUGCAGACGGCCGGCGCGCCAGCCGCGGCAUGGAGCUCGAUCCAUGUCGGUCGGGCCGCUCGACGUCAACUGGGCCGAUGCUUGGUCGCUCUGUACCGCACAUCCGCGCCGAAACCGCCUCUAUUUGAAGUGCUAGCAGCCUUGCAAGAUGCCUGUGCCACCGACCUACGUGCAGACUCGCUCGCUGCGCAUGUGACGGCGCUCCACGUAUCGUACCUCCUUCUUACGUCCUUCCCUGACCAGGUGGGGUCUGUCGUUGCAUGGGUCCCUCUCCUUCUUCGACAUGUACGUGCGACGCAGAACCCAGUACUGGCACGGGCCCAAGCGCUAGAGACGCUUCAGGCUUGUCUGUCGUACGGCGUAGGUGCCUAUGCGCCUGCUACGCUCAAAGAAGUGCAUAAGACGCUGCGUACGCAGUUGGCCGACGCUGCAGGGCCUGUGAUACGUGGGUGUGCCAAGUGUCUAGUGACGUUGAUUCACGUGGAUACGCACCUCGCCGCCAAGUCAGAGUUGGAAGCGAUGCUUACGCACUGCGCCAAGCUCAUGCAUACAUGCGAUAUUGAGUCGCGCCGAUCAUUGGCCGAGCUUGGUGCUGCACUCCUAGCGCAGUCGACCACGAGCGCACCCGCUGCCGAAGGCAAGGCACCUACCACGCAGCCCGUGUACGCGCUCGAGCAGCAAUGUGUCCUGCUCCAAUCGCACCUGGCACGUGCGACCAACUGGCCUGCGCGUGCUGGUGUCUUGCUGAUGUACGAGGCGCUCGUUCGCCAGUACGACGAGGCCUGGCUGGAGCACCAGUACACGACGUUGCACACGCAUGUGAUUCAGGUGGUGGCGGAGCGUGUCGGCGCCAUCCUCGCGCCCACCGAAGCGUCGUACUUGCAUCAGGCUGUGCUCCGUCUCCUACUUUCCUGGACGGCUUAUCUAAGUGAGCCAGCGCAAGUGCGUGUGCUUGCAUGGCUUUCGUCCGAGGUCCUUGCUGCAUGGCCGGCGGCUACGCCUACCGCACAGCCUCCAAGUGACUUGGCCCUGGCGAUGACCUUGCAAGUCUCGAGUACGCUGCUUACGCAGCUGGGCUAUCUGACCACGUCGUUGCAUGAAGCCGUGUACGAGCCGACCAUGCGUCUGCUCACGCAUCCUUCAUGGCGUGUGCAAGUGCAGGCGGCAUGGUGGGUUCGUAUGGCAUGCCAUACGCAGCCGACCAUGUUGGCUCCGACGUAUGCUCAUCUACUGCAGGCUAUGCGUCGUGAUAUGAGUGCACUGACAUCGACGCAGCCGGAUCACGGCGUAUCGUUGCGAGCGCGUUUGCAAGGGCACAGCGCAGCGCUCGCCGGCUUGGCGCCCGUGGCUGCACAGCAUGCGCUGUAUAUGCGGCAGGAUGAUGUGGACAGUGUGUUUACGUUGGCCACCGACCUCUUGACGCAGGGGAGCCAAGCGGCGCUGCUCGAUGCGACUGCUGCCAUCGCUGCGGCAUGGACGUUGGUCGGUGCUCUCAUGGCGCUGGGUCCGACGUUUGUCAAGGCCCACAUGACGACGCUCCUGCCCUUGUGGCGCAAUGCGCUGAGUGAGCGCGCGUGGCCUACGACUUGGGACGACGAGGCAUGGCCUUUCCUUACGACAGUCCGAGAAGCCGCUCUGAGCAGUCUUCAAACGUUCUUCUUGCACGAUGGCCACCGUCUCCUCACACCCGAGACGGCUCGUCGUCUCGUGGCUAUGCUCAGCCAUGGCCUGUCUUUCCUCGAUGCAUGGGCGAGUGUGGAACGACGUGGCGCGCCGGAAGCAAGCGUCUCCGCCUUGGCGCGAGUGCGUAUGCCGUUGGUCCGUGCGCGCCUGCUUCGCUGCUGCACGCACUUGGCGGCGCAGCCGGCCUUGGAAGCCUUGGCGCCGCGUCUGCUUGCUAUGGCCAUUGAUACACUGGCACGCAGCGAUAAGUAUGCGAGCAGUGCCACACAGGCAGCGAUUCAGUCGCAGGCAGGCGCCACGUCGUCGCCCUGGGACGUCCAUGAUGGCUUGGCGUACGGCGUGACCAGCUUGCUGCAGGGAGAGCACGCGGCGCUGCACGCAUGGGCACCGAGUCUUCCUCCACCGACGUAUAUCGCACCUCUAGCGCCCUCGAUGCACGAGACGUUGGCAUACGAUUUAGAGGGCGUGCUGCGAGUGCCUGUGCUGGGCGGCUUGGAGCAUGAUAUCGUUCCUUUGAUGCUCACCGCUGCGAUUCCCUCGUCAAGCACAUCGCGCGCCAUCCAAACGCCCCGGCCUGUGCCACCGAUCACCGCGGAGAUCGAUGCGUCCGCGGGCGUGUUUGCUGCGCUCAUGCCGUACCAAAGCCGCGAGGUCCAGAUCGGUACAGCAGAGUUUCUCCUGGCGGGUGUACGCCGUCCAGCCUUGGAGAAGCAGCCGGGCCGUCGCUUGGCCGUGCUCACGAACAGUGUGAUUGCAUGGCUCGGCGCCGUUCGUACCGCUGCGCGCGGCGCACGUCGUGCGUCUGGGUUUGCCAAUGACCGUGUAAACACGGCGCUUCAGCAACUUUUGCAGUUGGCACUCUUGCAUGGCGAUUCGCGUCUGCGUGCGUCCACGGCCGAAUUGGAUGGCUACGUAGCCCUGUUGGCCGGCUCUGCCUCGCUGACGCAGCAAGUGCAGACCCUUAUUGAGCAUGUGAUGGACCACCGCCACGCCGAUGCCCGAGCCGCUUGUGCCCUCGCGCUGGGUGAGGUGUAUGCGCGUGUGGGCGGCUUGCAUGCCUCGCCUCUGACCAAGACGGUGAGCAGUCUUUUGCUGUCGUUGGCCAGCGAUCCGCACCCUGCUGUGCACACGGCUGCGCUCACCGCACUCGCGCAGGUCAUCGAGGCGGCCAGUGUGGCGUACGAGCCCUAUGUAAAGAGUACGCUGGGCUUGCUUGCGACGCUCGGUGCUGUCGCGACGCACGAGCCGCACGGCGGCAGCACAGGGAGCGCCAAUCUCCGUGUCCAGUUCCGUGCGUACCCAGCGAUGGCGCAGGUGCUCAGUGCCUUGAUCGGUGUGCUGGGCCCCGAUUUGCAAGAGGUGCCUGCGACGCGCCACCUGCUGUACGCACAAUUGCUCGCGCUCGCUCGUGAAGACGCUACACCGACCAUGUUGGAAGCCUUGCAAGCUUUGCAGCGUCUUGGCCUCGUCGUUCCCUCGCUGCUUACCACGUCGCAGUGGUCCGAUGUACUCCAGUCGGCGCUUACGCAUCCACAGCGGCCUCUGAUCCAAGCGGCCGCACAGGCAUACCGCCAAAUGGCCCAGCGGACGCCGACAUGGCUCGCACAGCAUGGCGGUCCUGCGCUGCUUACGCAGCUGCUGCGCUACUUUGAUCAGGACCCAUCGCUGACAUCGAUACCUUCGCUGCUUCGUACGUGGCUCCAGGAAACCGCGAGCGAGAAGCCGUGUGUGUGGAUGGACAUUAGCUGCGUGGCUUUCUUGACGCCGGAAGCGCUGCAUACCUCACAGCAGCUGGACCGCGCUGUGGGCGAGAGUGCCGAUGAAGCAGCGGCGGUCCUGGCCACCUCCCACACGGACACGGCGCCUACGCGCACCUGCCACGGAUGGCGGACGCAGGCCUUUGUGCUCGAGUGCAUGCACCACAUUGGCCAUGCUGUCCAGGGCCACGCGCAGCACAUGGGCGCGAGUGCCAAUGCACGUGAUCCGCAAUCGCUCAGUCGGCGUGUCAACGAGAUGGUGAAGGCUGCGUGCAGUGCGAGCACGUCGGACGUGCCGGCGGUGCGUAUCCAGGGCCUGCAUGUGCUGCGGGAUAUCAUGGAAUGGUUCGCGACGACCCGCGAUCCUGAAUUUGCCGAGGCGCCGCUACUGGAGCAGUAUGCGGCGCCACUGGCCGCCGCGUUAGCGCCUGCGUGGGGCGCAGAGAGUACGCCAGAUGUCCUCGCCACGGCCAUCAGUGUGAGUGCUGUGUUUGUCGCAGUCGGUGUGGAUCCAUCGCCGAACAAUCGCAUUGUCCGUCUGCUGACGUCGGCCCUGGAAAUCUUGCCACGUACCGAAGUCACGAAACUGGGCGAUGUGCUGGUGACGCCCAAUGCUGCCGCGUACCUCAAGAUGGCCAUCCUGCGCGCAUGGGCACGCCUGGCGCUUACGCGGUCCUGUGAAGCUAUGGUCGCGCCGCAUCUGGAUACCGUAGCGCGUGCGUGGGUCGGUGCGCUCAGUACGUACGCUGUGCUUCGGGCCGAUCAGCAUGCGAUGGCCGCGGACGCCAGUGCGAUUGUCCCGCCGAUGCCGCCGGACAGUGCGUUGGCGCCGCUGAUUCAGGCGCAUAUGCUCGACUACUUUGCACAGACAUGGCCUACGCUAUUGCAUGCCUUGACCGACCUCUUCCAAACGCAUGCAGACGUCGUCGAUGCCAUCCUGCGAGAAGGCCGCGACGCGUCGCUGUCCUUUAUGGCAUUGUACGGCUUAGCGUUUGAGACGCUGUGUGACGAACUGGAGCGGCCGUCCACGCCCGAGCACAGUAUGGCCCGUCUGGUGCUGCGGUCCCUCCAGGUACUGGUCGAUGCCAAGUACAGUGGCGCAUUCCUUUUGCAGGCAGCGCAGUUUGACGAGUUGCUGCGUGUAUGCCAACGGGCGCUGCAAGGCGACGUGCCUGCGAUCCAAACGGAAGUGCUGCAAGUUCUCCGCUCGUUGGUCCGCUCGAUGCGCGAGCGUCUGCUGGAAGAAGACGAUGGGCUUGUGCACGAUACCAAGUUUGCCACGACCAAGCUCGGGCAGCUCAUGCGGAUGCUGUUGGUGUAUACGGAACGCCUGCCCAGUGCACGUAUGCCUCGUACAGAGCGUGCUACGCUCCUGACCACCGCCUGGCAAGGUCUCGUGGAUAUGGUCGAAGUGUGUGGCGCCAGUUUGCAGGUCGAACUGUGCUCGGUCCUGCUGCAUACCAUGGCCACGUAUGCGAAGCGCGAAGACGAUGCCGCGUUCCUGCUCUCGCAUGCGUUGCCUGUGCUACGGGAUAUAGGUACGCGCGUGACCAUUGCUGCGCAUGUCAGCCCAAAGCAAGUGCAUCGAAGUAUGCAAGGGUUCCUCACCGCGAUGAUCGAGAUGGCCGAUGCGCUUCGAGCGCGCAGUGGCGAUAUGGUAUCGCGCCGCAGUGCGAAUGCCCUGAUUGCCACGAGUCUCCUGCUGACCAGUCUCGAUGCGCGCGUACCGAUCAGCAGCGACGUGCUGGAGCAGUUCGCGUACUUGCUUUCCCAUCGCUUGGAUACAGAUCACGACGCUCCGAUUGCGCUGCAGUGCCUGCGUACGAUCGCCAAGGCUGCCGCCUCCGAUCCACCCCGCAAGUCGUUGCACUGGUGCUUGGGCGCGUGCUUGCCUUCGUGGUGUGCGUACGCCGCCCGGCAUGCCUCGACACCCACGCUCGCUGCGCCUGCCGUGCAGGCGUUGCUGAGCUUGGUCCAUGUACUCACGCCUUCGCACGCCCUCUGUAUAUCGCUGCCGAUGGUCGCAGCGCUGGUCACGGCCGCUUCGUCCACGUCAUCGCCGAGCGACCUUGGCAUGGCGGCCGUCUUCGCCGACUUGGUCCACGUGGCUCGAGAGCACCCCGCCGCGUUCCGGGAGGCCACGGCCGCUCUGCCGUCGGCGUCCCGCACGGCGCUGCAUGACGCUCUGCGUACCGCCAUGGGGGCCAGUGCGGCGCCCGUGCGGGCCAAGACGGAAGCCACAAUUUCUCUUCGUACCUUUGGCGCCCCGUAG